GGGACGCAGGGGGCGGAGAGAAUCCGCAGUUGCAAAAAACGCUGGAAGCGUCGGAGUCCGUGCCUGGGAUCGCGCUGCCGUCACCGCCGAGCCGCUCGCUUUCCCGGCCCGGGCCUCAGCGUAGCCGGCUGGGCCAUGGCAGCCGCCGCCUGUUCGGGGCAGGCGGCCGACGCGCUCCCGGGCUGUAGCUGAGCUGCAGUUAACCCGCCAGCCCUGCGUCCGGCCCACGCGGCCGCGGCUCAGCCUCCUCUCCAGCUUCCGCUGCUGAAGAGGCCGAGGCGACCGCUGGCCAGGGCAACCCGGGCCCGCCCGCCCGUCCGCCCGUCCGCUCGUCCGCUAGUCCGCUCGCCGAGAUGUGGGCCCGUUUCCUGGGCCCGGAGGCCAGCGGCCGGGACAGCCCGGGCGGAGCCCGCAGCUUCCCUGCAGGCUCAGAUUAUUCAUCAGCAUGGUUACCUGGUAAUGAAUCAUUGUGGCAGGCCACAACUGCUCCAUCUAACCAUCGACAUAACCAUAUCAGGAGACACAGUAUAACUUCUGACAGUGGAGACACUGGCAUUGGCACUUCCUGUUCUGACAGUGUGGAAGAUCAUUCAACUUCAAGUGGCACGUUAUCUUUUAAGCCUAGUCGUUCAUUGGUUACUCUUCCCACUGCCCAUGUGAUGCCAACAAACUCCAGUGCUUCAGUUUCCAAACACAGGGAAUCCUUAUCAUCAGAUGGCUCAAAAUGGAGAACAAGCCUCAUGCAAGUGUUGGGAGACCAAAGUAGAGGGGAGCAGGACUCUUCACUAGACAUGAAGGACUUCCGGCCUCUACGGAAAUGGUCAUCUUUGUCCAAACUUACUGCCCUGGAUAACUGCAACCAGAAUGUCACUGUACACACAGAAGAGUUGAGGAAUGGUUUGGAAAAGAUAGGGAGGGGCAAGGCUUUCACAUCACACUUAAGGACCUUAGGGCCUAGCUGCUUACAUGAUAGUAUGGAGAUGCUUAAGCUGGAAGGUAAGGAAAUAAAUAAAAAACGGUCAUCAACUCUGGACUGCAAGUAUAAAUUUGAGAGCUGUAACAAAGAGGACUUUAGAGCCUCAUCCUCUACCCUCAGGAGACAAACCUUAGACAUGACAUACAGUGCCUUACCCGAGAGCAAGCCCAUUGUGACAAGCUCAGAGGCUUUUGAGUCUCCAAAGUAUUUAAUGCUUGGUCAGCAGGCAGUAGGUGGAGUUCCCAUUCAACCUUCUGUAAGGACUCAGAUGUGGCUUACAGAGCAGUUAAGGACAAAUCCAUUGGAAGGCAGAACUACAGAGGAUUCUUGCAGUUUAGCUCCUUGGCAACAGCAGCAAAUUGAAGAGUUUCAGCAAGGAAGUGAAACACCAAUGCAGGUUUUAACUGGAUCAUGUCGCCAAAAUUAUUCACCUUCUGGCUUUCAAGAUUUUAGUAAGUGGGAAUCAGUGCUGAAAAUAAAAGAAGGACUUCUAAGACAAAAAGAAAUUGUAAUUGAUAGGCAGAAGCAACAAAUUAGCCACCUCCAUGAAAGGAUAAGGGAUAAUGAAUUACGGGCGCAACAUGCCAUGUUAGGACAUUAUGUAAAUUGUGAAGAUUCUUAUGUGACUAGUUUGCAGCCACGAUAUGAGAGCAGUUCAGUCCAGACUCCAUUUUCAGAGCAGUCAUUGCCCCAUCCCCAACAUGAAGAUCUGGAGCAAAAACUAGCAUCUACUGAGAAAGAAAUUUUACAGCUCAAUGAGUUUCUCAAACAAAAAUUAAACCAAUUUAGUGAAGAGAAGAAGAAACUGGAGGAAAAGCUGAAAACCAGAGAUAGAUACAUCAACAGCCUGAAAAAGAAGUGUCAGAAGGAAGCUGAACAAAAUAAAGAAAAGCAGAGAAGGAUUGAGACCUUGGAAAAAUAUCUGGCUGACCUUCCAACUCUAGAUGAUGUACAGAGUCAGAGUCUACAGCUGCAGGUUCUUGAAGAAAAGAACAAGAAUUUACAAGAGACUUUGAUAGAUACAGAAAAAAAGCUUGAGGAGAUUAAAAAGCAAUGUCAAGAUAAAGAAGCACAGUUACUAUGCCAGAAAAAGAAAGAGAAGGAGUUAGUAACUUCAGUUCAGAGCCUGCAGCAAAAGGUAGAAAAAUGCCUUGAAGAUGGAAUCCGCCUUCCCAUGCUAGAUGCAAAGCAGCUUCAAAGUGAAAAUGAUAAUCUCAGAGAACAAAAUGAGACUGCUAAUAAGAUAAUAGAGAACCAGCAAGAUGAAAUUAACAGAAUGGUUUUAGAAAUUCAGUCUAUGCAGGGGAAACUUUCUAAAGAGAAAUUGACUGCACAAAACAUGAUGGAAGAGCUAGAAAGGAAAGAAGGAAGCCUACAGAGAUUAACAAAAGUACUGCUUGAAAACCAAAGACACACAGGAGAGACAUACUCUUUAUUGGAUCAGGGCCAUGAAGCAGACCAGUCUAAGCAGCAGACCGUUCAGUCUAAGUGGCCUCUAUUUGAUUUGACUGUGAUUGACCAGCUGUUCAAGGAAAUGUCCUAUUGUUUGUUUGACUUGAAAGCAUUGUGUAGUAUUCUUAACCAGCGAGCCCAGGGCAAGGAGCCUAAUCUUUCAUUAUUACUGGGAAUCCGAUCAAUGAACUGUUCAGUUGAAGAGACUGAAAAUGACCACAGCCCAGAAACACUCACGAAAAAACUGUCAGAUGUAUGUCAGUUACGGAGGGACAUUGAUGAAUUAAGGACUACGAUAUCAGACCGCUAUGCUCAGGACAUGGGAGAUAACUGCGUUACCCAGUGAUCAAGUGUUGGUCCACAGUAAUAAUGAUCCAUUGUGACAUGCUGCUGUGUUACACUUGUUUUUUUUUUUUUUUUUUUAGGAGUUACAUGCCUUGCACAUAGAUUUUGUUGUUGUAUUUAUUGUACUAAGGGAGUUUUGAAGGGGCUUAUCAAAUCAGGCAAGCAAAUCAAGUUACUAAUUUGAAAAAUUUGAAAAAAAAAAAGUCUACAAGAAAAAAAAACAACAAAACAUCAUAUUCUCUCAAACUACUGAUUGUAGGACCAAGCUGUGAACAGUGCCCUUCAGAUAAAGGUGUAGGAUUUCUUUUACAUGUGGGGUGUGUGUAGGUGUGGGUGUAUGUGUGUGUGCACUGUGUGUGUGCAUUUGUAUGCAUGUAUACACACUUCACAGAAUAGUAGGUUUUCAAGGGUCAAAGCAAAGCUUCUAAAAAGGCACACACUGUUGUUAAUUCUUAACAUUUUUAUAUUGAAACAUGUAUUACAUUUUGGGAUUCUCAAGGGUAGGCUGAGUAAUUCCAAAACCAGGAGUGUUCUAAUAUAGAAGGACAACAGCAAGCAAAACCAUUUGUAUUUUAAAUAGUCAUUGUACUUAUAAGGCUGUUGAAUUGGGCUGAUGUUACCAUUGAAGGUAGACCAGCUGUUUUUCCAGGGUAAUGAUGGACUGUUGUUAGCAAUGUGAAAUUUUGAUAUGAUAAUCUUUUCCAUUAGCACUGUAAUUUAUAUAUAAGAAAGAUUAUAUAAUUUGAAUUAAUUUCAACAUACCCCUUACUAUUUGCAACUUUUAUUUAUGAUAGGUAUAUAUGUAAGCAAAGCCAUAUAUAAUGCAAACCCUCUAAGGCCUCUAGUGACUAUUGUAAAAAGAAAAAUGAAGUAACUCUGGAACAGUUGCUUAUUUAUCCAUAUCUCAGUAUUUACAGUUUAACAGUUAAAACUGCUUUAAGAUAAAGGCUACUCACAUUCAUAUCUGACUGAACACUAGCAUAAAACAAAUCCUAAGCUUCAAUGAUAUUUCUUUUAUUAGAUAUAUUACAUUAAAUGGAGUUUUCCAUGGAGCAUGAACUUGAUUAGGUUAGUUCUUCAUCUGGAGCACAGGGAAGUACUAUGAUACACAACUCAUUUUAAGCAGGCACACACAAUCCUUUAAACUUCCAAAUGAGUAUUGUCAAUGUUUCAGUGGGUAUUUUGGAAAGACUAUAUAUUUUAUUACUUUCAGAGAUUGCAUCACAUUCUUUUAAAUACAGGCAAAGCAUUGUCUUCUAUAAGCUGGUUUUAUUUUUGGUGUAACUACGUUUCAUUGAGGCAAGGCUAAAGAGGUGAGAGAGUGUGAAACUAUCAGGAGAUACUGUUUUGAUUGGCAGCAGAUCUCACACUUGCUUUCUUACUAGGCUUGUCUACUGGUAUAAAGCUUACUCCUAGAAAAGAUUUUUCUUAAUCUCAACAAUAAAAACAUAGUAGGACAGGCCUUUGUGGAGAUUACCCAGGAAAACAGUUCAUAGUUUGGGCCGUGUUCUGCUAUUCAUAGUCAUUUGAUAGGUACAGUUCAAUAGUUCAUUAUAAUGCAGCAUAAAGACAUUAGAUUUCUCUUAGGUUCAGUGUUGAAUCUUCCGUACUUCUCUUAGGAUCUGACUACUAAGAAAUCAACGUGUUGGGGUGAUUAUACAUCCCAACUUCCUUAACCCAGAGAGGGACUUAGUCACUGGUAAGAUUUUGACUCUAAAAAUGUGUUCUUUGGAAUUUAAUAUUAGUACUUUGAAGACAAUCAAGGAAUCAUAAGUUUAUUCUAAAAAGUGGAUGCAAAAAUAGAUGCCCUGAAAAUAUUAAUGUCUGUUCAGAUGACCCUGUCCAGUAAAGUAGAUGAUAGAAUCUACAUAGUUCAACCACAAUGCAGCAAGUAACCUGUUUACCUUCUCUUUGAAUAGAGUUCCUCAUCUCCUGCUAUGAUUUUAGAAAUAAAGGCACCCACCAUAAUAGAACAAUGAACAGCCAUCUCUGAUUUGGACCAGAAGGUUCUUAUAUAUCUGCUAGGUUUUUAGUUUGUGUUUUGAGGCUUUGAACUUGUUACUGUUUUUUUUUUAAACAAAUUUAUAGUCAUUUGUUUUAGUGUAUAUGUCUAUCUUUAUCUUCUCUAUCCAUCUGUCUGUCAGUUUAUAACCAGAUAGAUAUAGAUACACAUUUGUCUUCUGUCUACUUGGGGUAAAAUAAUUUUUUGUUUUGGUUAGUUUUCUAAAACUUAAAGAAUUUAGUUCACAUGUCUUGGGGUAAACAAUUUUUUUUUACUUGGGAAAUUAUCAAACUGCUCCUGAUGCAUUUUAGUUUCUUAAAUUGUGUAGUACUGUUGUAAAAGAAUUAAGAUAUGAUAGUUUGGAUAUAACAAUCUCUUAGAGUUUGAAGAUAGUGAAGGGACCUUGAUAAUAAGUAGACAGCUUUGAAGGGGAUUCUGAGGAACAUGAAACUGGUAGUGUCCUAGGCAGUCAGCAUUUAAUUUUUCUGAAAAUCAUCUAAUAAGACGCCUUUGUAUUAGAACAGUAAUAAUACUGGCAUCAUAAAAAAAAAUUACCAUUAGAUCAAGUAAGAUGGAAAAAUAGCAAUACUGUAGUGUUUUUCUUUUGUCCCUGUUUUUGAACCAGGAUGUUCAUGGAAGUUAUUACAGUGAUAGAGGCAUAAAUGAAAAGUAAACUAAAUUCUAGAGUGAAUCUAUUUGUAAAUCUCCAAAGGUAAUGAAAUUUCUUUUCAAUUAUGGUUUUGUAUAUUAAGUCCUCUUGGGAAGAGUCACUCAGUAUUUUUUUAUUUUUAAUCUGUUAAAGUUGAAGUCACUCUAGCACAGUCACAUGGAACAGAGGCAGACGUGACAGUUAUCUCAAUGAAAGAUCCUAUCUGCACAGGCAAAAUUGGCUGAAUCAAGGACACAAUAACACUCUUUGCAUUUGAUGUCAGAAAAAUAGAAUGAUGUUAAGCUUAGUAAAUUGUCUAUGACCUCUUAAUUUUAAUAAUGUAAGUCUUGAUUAGGUAUGAUAUGGCAGUAUUUUAUUUUUAAAAGCAGAGUUUCCUUUUAUAUUUAGAAUAAGCUUCAAUAUUUAAUGCUAACAUUAUUAUAUCUUGGUGAGCGUUUCAGUCAUGACAUUUAUUAAACUGAAUUAGGCUUCUUUCGGUAGAUUAGAAAAAUUGCAUGGGCUAGAAUGUAUUGCUAAAAUGAAUAUUGCACAGAUCUGACUUAGGAGCUUGGGAGGAAAUGCUGUCCUUGUUUCAGAUUCAGUAGCAAUCUCCCAGAACAUAUUUGUAAAUGGAUUAUUUUAUUGAAGAGUGUUCUUUAAAUAUCAGUAAUAGUUCACUGAGCACUUGGACUGCGCUUUACAUAGCACAGUUCAACUCGAGCACACCUUUGGUUUGGGUUGUUGGAAUUCUCAUGUAGAUUUCUAUUCUAGAUAUGAAUUAUAUAAUACAUUCUCAUAAUAACCAUGCACACACAAAUACAUUAUUUGAAAUUACCCGUAGCUAAUAGCUAUCAUUUUGUUUUCAUGUCUGACAAUUCAGUGUUCACAAACUAAGAAACUUUCUCUAGUUUGUGUAAAAUUUCCAGCUUUGACCCAAAAUGCCAUUGAUAGUAAUUGCUGUGUGGAUGUAUCAUGUUUUAAUCAUGAAAGGGAAAGAUUGAGGAUUUCUUCUUAUUUAAAGGAAAUACUGAAUAUAGUAUGAAUGUACUUUUAAAUCAGUAAGUCAUCAGCGGCACUGUUGCAGCUAUAUACAGAGAGAACCUUUUGUGCCUUUUUGCCUGCAGUGUUUAUUUCUAUCUUACAUGAGCUGUAAGAAUGAUUAUUGCACCUUGUUCUUUUGUAAACAGAUUUAAGAAAUUUUUAAGAGUUGUUUCUAGUUAGAAGGUGACUACCUUAGUAAACAUGAGAGGAUGUAUCAUAUAUGUUUGUGUUUGAAGCCCAGCCUUUUCUAUAUAGUGAGCAGGAAAUGCCUUUAGAAUGUAUUCAUUUGUGUAUAUGUGUACAUAUAUAUAUAUGUGUGUGUGUGUGUAUAUAUAAGUAGUUAUUUAAAUACACAAGUGUGUAAUUGAGCAUCACAUUGGCAUGAUGACCAGAAGUAGUAAGGUGCUAGGUGGUCACAUUAAAAGCACAGCAGUGUGCAAUCAGUCACUGAGACUGGUGGGUUUGUAAACUAGGUUCAGUUUUUGAACCACCAGAAUACCUCAUGUGUAAAUACAGUGUUUAUGACUUAAUUGAAAUACAGUUAUUGUAAAAAGAAAUGUGAAGCCACUGGUUGGCUUAUGCCUUCUGACCUUUCAUUUGUGCCUCCUUUUUUGUAAAGGAGUUGUUUCUGCUUUUGUUUUUUGAUAGGGUUUACAGCUAGAAAUUUGAAUGCCAAAGUUCUAUUUAUUAAAACUAAGAAAAAUGUUUUCAAUAUUAAUGACUAGUAUUUUUCCACUGGAUUCUUGUUUGUUGAUGUUGGGAUUUGUAUUUACAGAGAAAUAAAUUUUUUAGAAAAAG